AUGGCCUUGCUUCGCCGUUGCUCUGCGCCUCUGCGCCUGAUCGCUCCCGCCAGAUCCCUCGGGGCCGCCAUCCGGCACAAUUCAUCCAGCAGCAGCUCGACCUCGGCCAUUGCCUACAAGGCCCUCCGAAACCGAACGGCUCCUCUGCCCGUCGCCAACUCCCCGCCGUCAUGGUCCGCUCAGGCUGCCGUUUCCAACAUCCUCUACGAGAUGCCGACGCCGUCGAUGGCCCCCCCGAAGCGACACAUCCUCAACUGCCUGGUCCAGAAUGAGCCCGGUGUGCUUUCCCGUCUAUCCGGCAUUCUUGCCUCUCGAGGGUUCAACAUCGACUCCCUCGUUGUCUGCAACACCGAGGUCGAGGAUCUGUCCCGCAUGACCAUCGUCCUGACCGGCCAGGAUGGUGUGGUCGAGCAGGCUCGACGGCAGCUCGAGGAUCAGGUGCCCGUCUGGGCCGUCCUGGACUACAGCGAUGCCGCCCUCGUCCAGCGCGAGCUGCUUCUCGCCAAGAUCAACAUCCUCGGUCCCGAGUACUUCGAGGAGCUCCUCGCCCACCACCGGGGCAUGACGGCGGCCGUGGAACCCGAGGACGCGCCCGUCGAUCGCCAGACCCGGACUCUCGAGGAGUCGACGCAUGACUUCCACCCAAGCAAGCUCGCCGCCAGCGAGGCUCUACGUCACAAGCACGAGCACCUGAAGACCAUCACCUACUUUACCCACCAGUUCGGCGGCAAGGUGCUGGAUAUCAGCACCAACAGCUGCAUCGUCGAGCUCUCCGCCAAGCAGACGAGGAUCGACUCCUUCCUCAAGCUCAUUGCCCCCUUUGGCAUCCUUGAGUCCGCACGCACCGGUUUGAUGGCCCUGCCCCGCUCGCCUCUUGACGAGCCUCACGAGGAGCCGUUGCUCAAGGAGGCCGACGAUGUCGUGGAUGCCAGCCAGCUGCCUCCCGGUUAG